AGGCAACCAGCUGCCGAGGGAGGAACCCUAGCGGAACAGGUGACGGCGGCGCGCUACCGGUGACGGGGGAUACGGCGGCAUCGUCCUCCUCGGCCCCUCCUCCAUCCCCGGCGUGGCGGCGCCAGCAGCCGGCCUGCAGAAGAUUAAAGGAGCCCCAGGAGCCCCAACUUUCGGAGGACGACCCAGCUGCCUUCAAAGUUCAAAAUCAAAAUGACGGUGGUGAGGGUGGACGAGAACCCUGCGCCGGAUGGAGAGAACUCUCCCCUAGACGAUGAGUACGUCUCGGCCGACGAUGAACACGUUGAUGAUGAAGACAAGGAGACCGAUAGCAUCGACGACUAUGAAAACCCCAGCGGGACGCCCCAGAUGAAGAAGGGUCCCUGGUCGCCCGAAGAGGAUAAGCGUCUCAAAGACUACGUCGAGGUACACGGCGCGGGGAACUGGAAUAAGGUGCAGCAGAAUGCCAGGCUCAACCGCUGUGGCAAGAGCUGUCGUCUCCGCUGGACGAACCACCUCAGGCCCGAUCUUAAGAAGGAGCCUUUCAACGCUGAGGAAGAGGAAAAGAUAAUCAAGCUUCACAUUAGACGGGGCCCCAAGUGGUCCAUGAUGGCCUCAUAUUUGCCUGGCCGCACAGAUAAUGAAAUAAAGAACUUUUGGAAUACCAGAAAAAGAAGAAAACAGAGAUGUGGUUCGCCUCUCUAUCCAGAAUAUAUGCUUUCUCAGGUUAGUCAUAAAGACAUGGACUUUGAAACUCUUGGAGAGUCACAUGGCAAGAAACGGUCAAAUGAGUGCUCAAAAGAAAAGGUUGUUGAUGUGCAAGAACUUGUGGAUGAGUUAAUUGUAUUUGAGCACCUUGACUAUGGUAAGGAUAUAGUGUUUCCAAUCAGACCUUUGAAAUGCCAUGCAUCUACUGGCAGUGUGCAAAUUUCUGGUGACAUUCGGAAAACCUUUUGUCCCACUGAUUUGAACUAUGUAAUGACAAAGAAUCAGUCGGUGCCUGUUGGUAGUGCCAUUGGCAGUGGCUAUCCAGUAUAUGGUGGCAGACUCUCUACUUCAGGGACCAUAUUCGGUUCCAUUCAGACAGAGAUUCCUUCGAUCCAAAGUUCCAGCUAUAGCCCAAGUAAUGACUGGUUGGCUCAAUGUCCUUCGGCUUGCAUUGAGCAACGGAUUCCAAUGGAAUGCAAUACAAUAUCUCAGUCAAAAGCUUACCUUAUGAUGCAUUCUUCUUCAGCUUUCUGUGCCCCUGAACAUGAUGCCUGUUCUGAAACUCAAGCUCCAGACUUAUGUUCAGGUUCAGAUGUUGUUUUCGACCCCAGCCAAUGUUAUCCAGUUGCUAGUUUUUCUGAUCUUGGGAUCUCGGAUACACCACUAACAUCAGGUUUCUUGAAUGAUAUAACACUAGCAAGUUUGUUGAAUGUCAAUUUGAAGGACCUGUCACAUCUCAACCGACAGGAACCUACCAAUGAUACAUCACUUGGAGGAGCAAGUUUAUUGAAUGCUAAUUUGAAGGACCAGUCACAUCUCUCUCAGUGAGCUGGAAUGCAUGUGCCUGACUUGUGGGGGCAUGGUUUUGAAAUUCUCAGGCCAACUUUCCUUCACUCGAGAGCUUGAUAGAGAGAAUUCACGAGGAUGGAAGAGUAGCAGAGAAGACACUGGACCUGCCAAUGUAUGCCAAGUACAAAGACUCGCCUUAUCUGAGAAACCCUUCGAAGCACGGGAGUACUAUCGGUGGGACCCAGGCUGAGAUGGAUUCCAAGUGAGAAGCCCCCUGGAGGGCCACUAGAUAAUCUGUUACUUAUUUGCCCUAUGGUAAAUGCGUCGGUGUUGAUGCAGAAACAAUUGGACUCAUUGUGAGCUUACUCGCUUCUUUUCGAAAGUAGUUAGUAUUCCUCGAAGUGGUGUUUUUACCUUGUAAUAAAGGAAAAAAAAUAAAGUGGGGUUAUUGAAACUUGAGAGUCAAAUACUGAGAUGUUAUGCGCGUUUUGAUUUCUGAAUUAAUCGAUCGGUAUCACUUGUACUGUUUUUAUACGACGAUGCUCGAAACCAUUCAUUUGUCAUUUUAAUUUGAUACACUUGAAGUC